CUUACUAGGAAGAGGCUGACCAGUGUGAAGUGCAUGACAUCUGUAAACAGACUCCAGUCUUUUCGAAUUGUCUCCAGGGUUGGAUGAAUUAUAGCAAACGUUAAAAAAAUAAUAACUGAAAAGGUGGACACUGUCAAAAUGUUGUGGAGUAAAGCCUUCUGCCACAACACUGUGCUCCUCCUGAGCCUGUGGUUCUGUGUGGAAGCAGUGCCCAUCGCUGUGGACAAGACUGAAGUGGAAACCCCAGAGGAGAAACUGGAGGCACCACAGAGUGUGGACACCGGGCUUCACUAUGACCGCUACCUCAGGGAAGUCAUUGAUUUCCUGGAGAAGGACCAGCAUUUCAGAGAGAAGCUCCACAAUACAGACAUGGAGGACAUUAAGCAAGGCAAGCUGGCCAAAGAGCUGGACUUUGUCGGCCAUCAAGUGAGGACCAAACUGGACGAGCUGAAGAGGCAGGAGGUGAACAGGCUAAGGACGCUCAUCAAAGCCAAACAAGACGCUGAGGGAGGGCAUGAAAUGAACCACAAGGUGCUGCUCAAGCAGUUUGAGUACAUGAACCACAUGAACCCACACACCUUUGAAGUGGAGGACCUGGAUAAGCUUAUUCAAUCGGCUACUAAUGACUUGGAGAACUAUGACCAGAAGCGUCACGAGGAGUUUAAGAGGUACGAGAUGAUGAAGGAGCACGAGAGGAAGGAGCACUUGAAGAACCUCGACGAGGAGCAUCGCAAAGACGAGGAGCAGCACUAUGAAGAGCUGAGGAAGAAACACGCAGACCAUCCUAAAAUCAACCACCCUGGCAGUCAGGACCAGCUGAAAGAGGUCUGGAAGGAGUCAGAUGGUUUGGACCCAAAUGACUUUGACCCCAAGACCUUCUUCAAACUCCAUGACACCAAUGGAGACAGCUACAUUGAUGAGCAGGAGCUUGAAGCCCUGUUCACUAAAGAGCUGGAGAAGAUGUACAGACCCAAUCUAGAUGAGGAUGACAUGACAGAGAUGGAGGAGGAGAGACUGCGCAUGAGGGAACACGUCAUGAAUGAGGUAGACACCAACAAGGACAGACUGGUCUCCCUGGAGGAGUUCCUGAUGUCCACAAACAAGAAAGAGUUCUUAGAGCCAGACAGCUGGGAGACUCUGGAGCAGGCUCCCGCGUACACUGAUGAGGAGAUGAAGUUGUUUGAGGAGCAGCUGGCCCAGGAGGAGAGCAACCUCAACCAGAAGAACUCAGAUCUGCAGAAACAGAAGGAGGAGCUGGAAAGGCAGCAGGAGAAGCUCAAUGCCCAGAAAGCUGAGCUGCAGCAGGCUGUGGAACACAUGCAGAUAAUAAAAUCAGAAAAAGCAAACGCCGCCAUUGACGUUAAAGAUGGUGGCUCUACAGUAGCAGUGCCCCCUGGAGGUCAAGCAUUGCCAGUACUACCAGGAGACAGCCUACCUCUACCCCCUGGUCACCAACAACACUUACCUGCAAGCUCUUAGCAGGCCCGGAAGCUUUUUCUGUGUGUGGAUCUGUGUGUUUGCGUGGGUGUACAUAUAAAUCUCGCAGUGAAUCAGUUUUAGUCUGUUUUAAUGUGUUGUCAGACCUCCGGAUUUCCCAACACAUACCCGAAUGCACACAUACAGUCCAGCAAUUUCCGGACACUAGCUGAUCCAAUUAGAAUGUAGCCUUUUGAUUUUGACCCACUUCUAGUUGUGGCAUUCUGUAGCUGGCAGGAGCAGCCAGCACAACCGACAAGACUUGAAAGAAUCUGAACCAGACAUUCUGUGGACAAUCCACUCUUCGGUAUUAGUUCAUUAAACCUAUUGACAACCACGGCACAGUUCUAAAUGGUGAUGUGCUUUGGGAGAAGUGGGAAGAGUUUUUGUUCCUGAAUAUUAGCAGAAUGUGUGCAGUAUUUCGUUUUCUACCUAGUUAGGUAGGCUACCCAGUGGCAUCGCUUCUUUGGAGAAACAUGUUUAAAAUACAUUUUGUUGAAUAGUUUAUAGAGGUGGGGAAAUAAAGGUCAAAUGAAUGCCUAUUUUGACAUGCUGCUUGAUAGUAUGUCAACCUCAAUAAAUUCAAAUUUAUCUUGAUAAUAAA